AACCAAAAAAGGAAAAAAACAGAAAAAGGGAAAAGAAGAACUGCAGUCGGCCGGUGCUUCGCCACCUCUAGCAGCUCCACUGCGCGCAACAGCCGCCCCCAUCCUCCUCUGAUCCCCUCCCUCCCCCACCGCGGGCUGUCGCGCGCUGAGAGGCGCGGCGGCGGCGGCUCCCGGAGCGGCGACCUCGGGGGUAAUCUGUCUGUCUGCAGGUGGAGGGCCUCGCAGGCGGAGGCGGAGAUGAGCCGUGGGCGGUCGCCGGAGCCGUUGGAUUUCUUCAUCUGGACUGUGCAGGAUGUGGGUUUAUGGUUGGAGGAAAUAAAUCUCGGAAGCUAUCGCCAGUCAUUUGAAGAAAAUGGUGUCAAUGGAGAGUAUCUAGAAAGCCUGUCGAUGUUCACUACAGAGCAGAUUCUUCGAUUCAUAAGACGGUGUCAUAUGAAAUGGGGAGAUUUUAUUACACUUUGUAAAGAGUUGAGGCGCAUCAAAGUUGCCUGCCUGAAAGGGGAACAGGAAGUCCGCAGGCCGUGGUGGGCGCCGUCUUGCCUGUCCACCGUGUUCGUGCGGGUGGCCAAGCGCAACCGGCAGUCCCGCGUCGUCUCCCUGAAGCUGGAAGCUUAGCAGGCAGUCCCGCGUCGUCUCCCUGAAGCUGGAAGCUUAGCAAGCACCUCCGCCGCGCCACCACCGCCCGCUGGGGGCGUCCAGGGCGCCUCUCUCACUCUGUACCAUACAGCGCUAGGUCUCAGUGGUCCUGAAACCAGUUUUCGCCGUAGAAUCGCCAUCGAGCUCGAUGACUGGUGCGUGUUUCCUGAAUUUGCGUCUUUCCCAUACAUAUGUAUACAGGGUUGUGGGUGGACUGGAGAUGUUAAGAUGGUGUAGACCCAAGAACAUACAUGUGCCUUUCGCGUGCCGUGCAGAUAGUUGCCCUUUAAAAGUGUCUGAAAGUAUCAAGUGUCUCCCCUUCAGACCGUUUCGGUUUGUUGGCUUGCUACA